GGACGCGCCGCGAUUCACCGGGGACGAUCCUACCGGGUGGAUCUUCCGCAUCCAAAAAUACUUUGACUACUUCUUAACCCCGGAACCCGAACGCCUUCAAUUGGUGGCCAUGCUCAUCGACCAUCCGGCGUCCGAGUGGUUUCAUUAUUAUCAAGCUAACAAUUGUACGGCUACAUGGGAGGAGUUUCUUCUGGCCGUCCAGCAACGUUUUGAUCCCCAUUUUUAUGAGAAUUAUGUGGGCUUGCUUUCCAAACUCACCCAAACCACAACCGUCAUGGAAUAUCAGUCCGCCUUCGAGGCCACUCUUAACAAGGUGUCGGGUGUUCCGGAAUCCACAUUAAUCUCUAUGUUUGUGGCGGGUUUGAAACGGCCUCUUCAACGUGAGGUUAAUCUCCGUAGUCCCACUUCCCUACCGGCCGCCUUUGCUCUAGCUCGGGAACUUUCCGCUUGCCAUUCGGAGUCAGCCGCGGCCUUCACCCAUGGCGCACGCCGCAAUUGGACUCCUCAACCAUCACACGCUGCCUCCUCAUCAAACCCUGGUAUUCUUCCUACCCCUCGGCCCCCACAGCUCACGGCUAAACCCCCUGAUCGCCCAUCCACUUCGGGUUUGCCCGUUGUGCGUCUCACUGAUGCGGUCAAGGCGGAGCGCACCAAGAAAGGGUUGUGCUGGUUCUGUGAUGAGAAGUACACCCCGACGCACAACUGCAGGCGCCGAUUCCUCCUUUUAAUGGGCCCAGACGAGGAGGAUUUGGAUUCGGAACCUCCCCCCUCUGCCGAAGUUGUGGACGAUGACCCGGUCAUACUUGGAGAUAUUUCCACGAUGCAUUCCUUAGCCGGGAGUCCUAGCCCGCGGUCCUUAAAAGUUGUUGGCUCUGUCAACUCGGCGGUGGUUCAAGUUUUGUUAGAUAGCGGCAGUACACACAAUUUUAUCCACCCUAGCGUGGCGGAGCGUUUGGCUUUGGUUUUGCACCCGGUUAUGCUGUUUCGUGUUUAUGUGGGCAAUGGUGAUUCGUUGUGUUGCUCGUACUCAUGCCCGGGCACUCCUCUGCGGCUACAAGGCCACCUGUUUGAUGUUGAUUUGUAUUUAUUGGCGAUUCAUGGUCCGGACAUUGUAUUGGGCGUGCAGUGGCUUCAAACGCUGGGGAAGGUAUCACAUGACUACGCCACCAUGACGAUGGAAUUCGUAUGGCAAGGGGAAACUGUUACUUUGCGAGGGGACGUGGCCGAACCUCGCCCUAUCUCUUAUGGGAGGCUAUGCUCUUUAGCACGGGACGCGGGGUCAUACGACUUCUACGAGCUCACCCCGACGCCGCUGGAAAUCACCCCAAUAGAAGAGGGUCUGCCACUGCCGGCAGAUUUACCGCCGGCUGUUCGCACACUUCUCCAGGCCCAUGAUUAGCUUUACGGCCUUCCGUCGGGUCUGCCACCAGCCCGUGUAUGGGACCACCG